AUGCGCUCAUCUACCCUCUUCAACAUCGCCCGCGUCGCCUUCUUCGUAGUGUCAUCGGCAGCUUCAAUGCUCGAAGUCUUCCAUGGCACCUCUUGCGAAGACGAACCAAACGGCGCAGUGACCCAAUUGCUGUAUGCUAGCCAUGUUGGGUACAGCUUCUGUUCUUUCGCCUAUGGUUAUGGCACGAGCCUAGUCGUCCGCUCUGGCGAAGAACCCGACAACCCGGAUUGGCCAUACUGCGAAUGGAGAUUCUACAGUGAUAGAGCCUGUCAGGACCCUGUGGCAACGAUGAAUCCUGAGGGCCACAAUUGUGCUUGUGCAGUUCUCCCCGCUUUCCAAUCCUACGAACUUGAUUGCCUCCGCCUGUCGGGGGAUCGACGAAGAGGGCUUCGACGAGGACGACGAAACACAAUCUCACCCACCAUCGAUGCCGGCCAUGAACGCAACUUGACUGAACACAAUUUGGCUGAACGCAACUUGACUGAACCAACAAUGGAUGCGAAGAAGAUCACUUUCCCGCCUGCACAGUAUUGGGGCGGGACCUGUGACCGGCCCAUACCCACGUUCCGAAAAAACCUGUCGUUUUCGAGCGCUUCACAAGUUCGUAAUAUGGCCAGUAUGAUGGUUGAAAAGUUCGAAGUGCUCGAAAAGGGAGAUCCAAAAUUUGUUGGCAACAUCUUUCGUAUCGCCCAUACACAUACAUGGCACAUCUUUAACAAACUAGAGAAGCUUUGGAAAUAUGACAGAGUGGUGACCGUUACGGGCCCCCUGCAUGUUGCGGUCGAGUUUACAAUCACCGCGAUGCCUGGAUAUGCCCUCGGCACAGCCAUUGAAGCGAUCAAUCCCGAACGGCUGCCGCGGGUGUUUUACGUGCUGUACUAUACAAUGCGCAGGCACAAUAUGAAGGCUGUUCAAUUUCGGCUCACUAGCAUGGAUGAUGGUGUCAGCACUCCUGUGAUGAGCAUGGUUGUGCGUGUUUUGGGCACCGUGAAUCCCGUACCGGAGCAGGGGCCUUAG